AUGAUGAUCACCAAAAUUACGGACAUGUCAUACAACUUGUUUGGGCUCAUAUCCGCCUUCAGCGCUCUCUUGAUCCUGUAUCUUCUACUCAGUGCUCUUUUCAGCCCCUUACGUGGUGUAAAGGGCCCAGCGGUCACCCGUUACACUCGUCUGUGGGAGGUAUACAAGAAUUGGCAAGGUCACUUAGAACAUGUCACGGUCGCUCUACACAAAAAAUAUGGCUCAAUCGUCCGACUCGCACCUAAUCGUUACAGCAUCAGCGACCCGACUGCGAUCCGCCAGAUAUAUGGCGCUGGCUCCAAAUUCUACAAAUCCGAUUACUACACUGUCUUUGGUGCACCCGCUAUGGGCCACAAGGAUGUUUUUUCUGAGACGAGCAAUGCAAAGCAUGCGCUGGAAAGGAAGAAGACAGCCAAUAUGUACGCGAUGAGCUCCCUGGUAUCCUAUGAGAAAUUUGUAGACAGAGUCAAUGGCGAGUUCAUGAGUGCGUUAGCUGAUCAUGCCCAACACGAGCGCGAAUUCGAUUUGUUCACCUGGCUACAGUUUUAUGCAUUUGAUGUUAUUGGCGAGAUCACUCUGGGACGAUCGUUUGGUCUGAUCGAGGCUGGCCACGACAAGGAUGGACUUCUGCAUGCUGUGCAUGUCGGAUCCAUAGGCUAUGGUUCCAUGGCAGGCCUCAUUCCUGAGAUUCAUCCAUGGUAUCUAUGGCUUCAGAAAGUCUUCCCUAUCGAAAGCCACUGGAAAGUCGUUCAAAGAGUCAUUCUCAAAGAAAUAGGUGCUAGAACGCAGGGCGUCAGUUUCAGCGAUCGCAUGGACUUCCUAGGAAAGUGUGUCGAACUGAGCAAAGCUGGCAAACUGGAUCAGUUCACGAUAAACAAUGUGAUUGGUUCGAACAUAGGUGCUGGCUCUGACACCACAGGCAUCAGCAUGACUGCAGUCAUCUAUUUCCUCAUGAAAAAUCCGCAUUGCUUGCAGAAGCUUCGCGAUGAGAUCCAAACGGCCAUUCACGAAGGAAAUCUUUCCAACCCCGUCACGUUCCAAGAGGGCCAAAGGCUUCAAUACUUGCAGGCUAUCAUCAAAGAAGCUCUGCGGCUGCAUGCAGCUGUUGGUCAGAUCAUGAGCAGGGUAGUACCCAAGGGCGGUGCACAGCUUGCUGGUAGACACUUCCCAGAAGGUACUGUGGUGGGCAUAAAUGCCUGGGUGAUUCAUAGCGACGAAAACAUCUGGGGCAAAGACGUACACGAAUUCCGGCCGGAGCGCUGGCUAGUUGACAAAGAGCAACUUGCCUUCUUGGAUCAACACUUUUUGGCGUUUGGUGCCGGGGCAAGAACUUGCAUUGGGAAGAACAUCUCGCUCCUCGAAAUGACAAAACUCCUACCGCAACUCGUACAGAGAUUUGACUUCGUCCCUGCAGGUAAUAGUGAGUGGACGACUAGCAGUGGGUGGUUUGUGAAGCCGGCGAUCCAAGUAAAAGUCAUUGAAAGAGAACGUGAUGCCGGCCAGGAUGUCGCAACAUGA